UCCAUGUAGAUCUUACAGGUGAAUCUAGUGAUGUCCAUCCUGUUGUAUGUGAUGGUCCUCGCGUACCUCUACGGUAUCCAGGCAACCAACAUGGACAGCAGUGACCAGGGGCAACAGCAGCAGCAGCAACCGAGUCCAGACCCUCUCAAUUCUCUCAUCAUUCAGCUACUUCAGGCAGACUUGACCCGAGGAAGGACCAGGAACAACCAGGGUAAGAGCCGGGAAGCUGAGCGCCAUGACUUGCUGCCUCCCCCUGGCCUGCCUGUGGUGAGCUUCCCCUCAGAGGAGCAGGGCGACGUGGAGCAGAAGGUGCCAACCGGUGGCGGAGGUGCAAUUCACCAGCCUGUGGCCAUGUUGAACUCUGACCUCCUCAGGCAGCACAAACGCUACAACUCCCCACGGGUGCUACUGAGCAACCGCCCUCCUCUCCAACCCCCACCCCUGUACCUCAUGGAUGACUUUGUGGGUGGCGGUGGGCCCGAGGGGGGCGCGGCUGGGAACAAGACACGAAAGAAGCGUUACGCAGAGCACAAGAGCUACCGUGGAGAGUACGCCGUGUGCGAUAGUGAGAGCCACUGGGUGACGGACAAAACGCAAGCCGUAGACAUCCAGGGCCGGCCGGUCACUGUCCUGGGCCAGAUCAAAACCAGUGCCACGCAGCAAGUUAAACAGUACUUUUUCGAGACGCGCUGUCGAACCGCCAAGCCCUUCAAGAGCGGCUGCCGGGGCAUCGAUGACAAGCACUGGAACUCGCAGUGCAAGACAUCACAGACAUACGUGCGCGCACUCACGCAGGACCACAACGCUGUGGGCUGGAGAUGGAUACGCAUCGACACUUCCUGUGUCUGUGCGUUGUCCAGGAAACACAGGAGGACGUAAACAAACAAACUGCUGAAGUCCUC